AUGGCGACCGAGUUGCAGUUGCAGGCGAUCAGCCUCCUGGAAAAGAUUGCGCAAUCGCAAAGGGUAUUGGAAAAGAGACUCGACGCGAUAGAGAGGCUCAUCGGCCGACAAGGACCGGCGCCCUACUUUCCGCAAUUCCGACGGCUGCCGCCCGAGCUAAGACACCGCAUCUGGUCACUCGCCAUCCCCACCCGGGUCCUGCGGCUAUCGAGACGGGCCAGCAAGAAGCACGCAACGCUGCUCGUGAGCCCCCCCGCCAUCGCCGGGGCCUGCCGCGAGGCGCGAGCGGUAGCAACGCGAAACGGGGGGAUCGUCUACCUUAAGCACGAUACCGCCAACCCCGAGAGCCCCAUACGGACGACCCAGUACUGGUUCGACAGCUGCCACGACGUGCUCGAGCUGGACAGGCGGUUCGACGUCGCGGGCGACGAGCCGCGCGGCAGCAGGGACCUCGUCCGCGACGCGCAGCAUAUCCUCGCCCCGCGCGCCGAGGCCGAGUGGUUCGCCCGCCUGUUCCGGCAGACGGCUCAUCUCAGGCGGCUCAGUCUUAUGUUUGACGCCGUCUCGGUCAGUCCCUGCGUUUGGGACACGGGCGUUGUGAGGCGCCUCUUCGGCGACGCCGGCACCGUCGUCACCAUGGACCUCGAGAACGCGGGCGAGAUCGCGUGGGUCAAGGGCGUCUUGCGGGAGCACUGGCGGAACCCCGUGUUCUGCGCGUUCGACCUGGAGGCCUGGGCGAGGGAGAGAGGGUUCGGUGUCGGAACGGGCCCAAGGGAUGAAGGCUGGAUGCGGCGGUUGCCCGGAACGUGGAUGAGCGAGGUCGCGAGAGGGUGGGUCAUGGCCAAGGCGGAGGAGCUGGCGGCGGAGAUCGGAGGAGAGGCCGGAGGGCGGGUUGAAGGGGGAACGAGAGGACAGCUGGAGACUGAAGCGUCAGAGGCGCGAACACGGGCUUCUGCGGCUACGGCUGCGGCGGCGACGUUGGAUAUGAAGGACGACUUCGUCAGGGCUGCCCUGCUGGCCAUGCCCCGAGUGGAACUCGUAAGGGUGUUUUCCCACGAUGAGGUUCAUGCUGGUUGUCGUCCAUAA